AGCCAUCCAAAGCCAAGCUGGACCCUUUUGUUGGAGCACUGAGUCCAUGGGACUGGACCAAGAAUCAGACAGCCAUGGAGCACUUCAAUCAGCGAGCCAAAAGGAAGCCCUCAAUGAAGGCCGGUCGUACUAAGAAGAUCUUUGGAUGGGGGGACUUUUAUUUCAACAUCAAGACCUUGAAGUUUAGCCUCCUUGUGACAGGCAAGAUUGUGGAUCACAUUAAUGGUACCUUCAGUGUCUAUUUCCGACACAACUCCUCCAGCCUGGGCAACGUCUCGGUGAGCAUUGUGCCACCCACCAAAGUUGUAGAAUUUGACGUCUUGCAGUCCACCUUAGCUGAGCCGAAGGAAUCCAAGACCUUCAAUUGUCAUGUGGAGUAUGAGAAGACAAACCGGGCACGCAAGAAUAAGCCCUGCCUGUAUGAUCCAUCCAAGAUCUGUUUCACUGAGCAUACACAGAGCCACGCAGCCUGGCUCUGUGCUAAACCGUUCAAGGUCAUCUGCAUUUUCAUCUCAUUCUUCAGCAUUGAUUACAAGCUGGUUCAGAAAGUCUGUCCGGACUAUAACUUCCAGAAUGAGAAUCCCUACUUUGGCUGA